CUCACCUACUACUCUCUCUCUGCUUCGAUCAAAUCUCCGCCCUCUUCUUUCUCUCUCUGCGAUCGGAGACGGCUUAGCUCCGAUCAUAACAGGGGAGGAUCGCCGAGAAAGAAAUCUUCAAGGCCCGAUAUCCUCUGCAGUUUACAAAGAAACAGGUCACCCUCGGAGAAUGGCGUCACUCCACCCUUCCGAGCUGGACACCGACUCCGUCGCCUCCACUCCGCGAUCGGACCACCCCUCCAACGAUCAGACACGUGUACGCUUCAUGUGCAGCUUCGGCGGGAAGAUCCUACCCCGCCCCCACGAUAACCAACUCCGUUACGUCGGCGGUGACACCCGAAUUGUCGCCGUGCAACGCGCCACCACUUACUCCUCCCUCCUCUCAAAACUGUCCAAACUCUCAGGACUGAGUAACGUGACGGUUAAGUACCAGCUUCCCAACGAGGACCUGGACGCGUUGAUCUCGGUGACGACGGACGAGGACGUCGAGAACAUGAUGGAUGAGUACGACCGCGUCACACAGAAUCAAAACCCCAAAGCCGCUCGGCUCCGUCUCUUUCUCUUCCCCAAAGGCGACGAUUCAACCUCCCGAACUUCCAGCAUCAGCUCCCUCCUCGACGGCUCGGCUAAGCGCGAGCACUGGUUCCUCGACGCGCUCAACAGCGGCGCGUCGAACAACUCGCUCCUUCUCGAGCGCGGCCGCUCCGAGGUCUCCUCGAUUCUCUCCGAAGUUCCCGACUAUCUCUUCGGGCUGGACAACUCCGACGACAACAUCCACAACCGCGGCGGCGAGUUCAGACCGAAGACUCGACACGGGGUCUUACAAGACAACGUCUCGGCUUCGGACCCGGGUUCUCCUGCUCCGGUUAUCUCCUCGCCGUUUUGCUCCACGUCGUCAGUUCCCUCAAUUCCGAACCUCCCGCCGGUGAAGACCAAACCUGAGCCGAAGCCGGAGACGAAGGAGAAUCAGGCGGAGGUGUUUGCAGAGACGGCGGCGGAGUUGCCUGUGUCACAAGCAACAGGGUUUUCGGGUAAUCCAGGUAAUCCCGGGUUGCAAUAUAUCCAGGACCCGAACUAUCCAGGUCAUGUGGUGCGAUCAGUGCCGGUUUAUUAUUACCCAGCUCCGGUUCAACCGGCUAACGUGCCAGUCCAGCCGGUUCAGAUACGGACACCGUAUAUGCCUCAGCAGUACCAGGCUAUACCGGGUCAGAUACCAGUCGGGUACCAUAACCAGAUACCGGGUAUGGGCCAGGUUUAUGGUGGAGGGUUAAGGCCCGUUGCGGGAAUGGAGCAGUAUGACAUGUCGGGUAGAGUUGUUAGUGAUGGAGUGAACCAGCAGGUGUACUAUGGGGUGAGGAAUGGUGGUGUUGUUCCGCCUUAUAAUCCGGCAAUGGUGGCCCAAUCCGGGGAAGAAUGGCAUGGAAAUGGAUCGGAUGUCAAUGCGGGUCGCGCCCCGAAUGCUUCUUGACAAUGCAGGUAGCUUUGGUUUCUCAUGGCUAUUCACUUCUAUGGUUAUUGACUUAUUGUGUGUGAUUUGUGCUUGGGGUUCAUGUAAGUAACUUGUUUUGGGGUUUCCUUGGAUCUCAAUCAACAUUGGUUUGUGAAGUCUCUUUUUAGCUUUUACAUGUCAAAUUUGGAAAAAGAAAACAAGAAAAAACUAUAGUAAUUUGGGAGCUUGCUUGAGAAUAUAUUCAUUUCUCACAGAGGUUUAUUUGCAUUAGGCCCAAGAAAUUAAGCUUAAUAUAUUACAGCAUUGUACGAUGCUUUAUGCUGGUAAAUAAGUCUAAAAUGCGAAGUGUUGAACUUUUACUAGCCUUGAUACUUGCCAUCGGUUUGCCUCAUUGGACAUUGUCGACAAAAAAGUUAUAUGAUCUUUCAAUCUCCUUGUUAGUAGAAGUUUUCUUGUGACGAAACUCAAAUUUAUUAGGAUGGAUUUUACAUCAGUUAGAUGUCGAUGUAUCGUGUAUGGUCUAUAGAAGUAUUCCAAAGUAAAGCUAAAAACUUCGCUUCUGUGGUGUAACCAAGUCACUAUU